UGAUAUACUGUUAGCCCAUGCAAAGAGGCAACGAUCUUCUGAGCACACACAGACACAGACACAUUAACAGAAUCACCACUCAGUUGAUUCUUUGCAUUCUCCAAUUGGAUUCCUUCCUUCCUUCCUUAUUCCUGAUGACCUUCAAACCCAUCACCACUCUCCUCCUCUUUCUCCUCUUCGCCUCCGCAAUUCCCCAUUUUGCCCUCGCCGGCAAACGCAAGGUCCACAUCACCGACGACUUGGACGACGUGUUCGACGACGAGGAGGACGACGCGUGGAAGGAAUGGGGCAAGAAACCCGCCCCCUCCUUCGCUCCCUCCGAUUUCACCAAGCUCGAUCCAUCGCAGAUCCAGGAAGAGAUGAAGAAGCGCCACGUCGGACCCCUCAUCGGAUUCGUCAAGCUCCGCUUCGGGGCUCGCCGGACUCCGGAUACGGUAGCUGAAUUUGCCAUGAAAUGGACACACGUUCUGCGAACUGGAGCUGUUGGAGUAAGGUUUAUGGCUGUUGAUCUCAGUACAAUCAUGUUCAACUUGGAAAGCAUCAAAGACUUGGAGGAGUUGAAGGAAUUUGUCUUGGACCAACCAGAGGCAUAUGAGAUUAAAAUGGGGGAUCAAUUUUUUCGAAGACCCGGAGAUCCACCUCUAGAUGAAGUUAUUGAGAGCCUCAAUAGUCAGAAAGGCAAAGCAGAUAAUGCUGGUCCAGAGGAAAUUGAUCGAAAUGUUAAAACAGAGUUGUAACUAAACGGUAUAGAGAUAACUCUCUAGAAGUUGAGAUAAAGCAAUUCAGCUAUUGAAUCACUUCUUUUCGGAGAUUUACAA